UAAUUUCUAACAUGAACAACGCUACUCACAACCACUCUUCCAACACUGAACAUCCUCCUGCCAUGAAAGUUGGCGGUAUGCGUGUCAAGAACCCCGAUCCUCAUCGUACGGCAUUAAAGGACGAGAAUGCUACCUCUGAAGAUCUCACUGAAGAAGAAGAAGAUGCCCAGCGUCAGAUUGAACAGGAACAGCAAAAGGCUAACCAGAUGCGCCAGACUUCUGAGAUGCUUGCCGAAGAGGCCAAGCGUAACAAGAACAUUUCCAAGAACCCAGGAACAAACCUCCACCAGGGUCCCAAGGGCGAUUACCAGCCAAGAAGCAUGAACCACUAAAAUAAUAAUUAUUAUUUAUAUUAUAUAUUUAUAUAUUUUUUUUUCUUCUUGUACAUAAUGUAAACAUUCUAAAUGAAAUCAAUCAAUAAAUCAAAACCAUGCUUUGUUUGGUCCAAUAUUGAACCAAAUCAAAUCAAAUUGUACCUU